AUGCCCGCCGAUUCAGUUAUUGUAGCGGGGGAGAAGACGACAGAUAUCCUUUUCGAGAGCAUCUCCGAAAGAAGCAAGCAUGAAGACUUUCUACGACGUGCUGUGGACUUUCUGGUGGAGCGAGUGGUCUUCGGCAGGUCGAAUAGGAGUUCCAAAGUGGUGGAGUGGGCUGCGCCGGAGGAGAUAAAGAAGAUCAUCGAUUUGAAACCACGCGAAGGACCCGUUUCUCACGAGCAGCUCUUGACGUUUAUGGCAGAUGUCGCCCGCUAUUCUGUGAACACGGCGCACCCUUACUUCGUGAACCAAUUGUUCUCAUCUGUGGAUCCCUACGGUCUGAUAGGCCAAUGGCUGACCGAUGCCCUGAACCCAAGCGUGUAUACCUUCGAAGUGGCACCAGUCUUCACAAUCAUGGAGGAGGAGGUGCUGAGGGAAAUGAGGAAGAUCGUCGGCUGGACAGGUGGUGAUGGCGAUGGCAUCUUCUGUCCGGGUGGUUCGAUAUCAAAUGGAUACGCGAUCAGUUGCGCGAGGUUUCACCAUUUUCCAGAAAUUAAGACCAAAGGUGUAUACGCAGUACCUAACCUCAUCCUCUUCACAUCAGAGCUAGCUCAUUACUCCACGAAAAAAAUGGCUUCCUUCAUGGGAAUCGGUACUGACAACUGCAUUACAGUAAAAGCCGAUAAAUAUGGUAGAAUGGAUGUUCGAGAUCUAGAGAGUAAAGUACUCGAUGCAAUCAAUGAGGGAUCAGCUCCUUUUAUGGUCACAGCGACUUCGGGUACAACGGUUUUCGGGGCGUUUGAUCCCUUGCUCCCUAUUUCUACUGUUUGUAAGAAAUACAACCUUUGGCUCCACGUGGACGCUGCUUGGGGAGGUGGCGCUUUGAUGUCUAGGAAACAUAAACACCUUUUGAAGGGAAUCGAAUUAGCUGAUUCGGUAACGUGGAAUCCGCAUAAGCUGCUCGCAGCACCGCAACAAUGCUCCACGUUCCUGACGAGGCACAAGCACCUCCUCGCCGAAGGGCAUUCCUCGAACGCGCAGUACCUUUUCCAAAAGGACAAGUUCUACGAUACAUCUUAUGACACCGGCGACAAGCACAUUCAAUGCGGAAGGCGAGCGGACGUCCUUAAAUUUUGGUUCAUGUGGAAAGCGAAAGGCAGCGAAGGUUUCGAGAAACACAUCGACAAGGUAUUCGAGAACGCUUCGUACUUCCUAGAGCAUAUUAGACAUCGUGAGGGGUUCAAACUGGUACUCGAAAAGCCAGAAUGCACGAAUGUCAUGUUCUGGUAUAUCCCACGGUGCCUCCGCGGGUGUGAAAACGAACCGGGUUAUAUGGAAAGACUGCACAAGGUCGCCCCCAAAAUUAAGGAGAAAAUGAUAAAGGAAGGAUGCAUGAUGGUCACGUACCAGCCCCAAGGUAGCUUAACGAACUUCUUCCGUAUCGUUUUCCAAAACUCGGCCUUAGAACACAAGGAUAUGAUCUACUUUGCCAACGAGUUCGAGAGACUCGGCGCAGAUAUAAUUGUUUAA